AUGACUGCGUCCCAGCUUCUCUCUGCUCUCCCCUUGGUGCUUCUCCUGUUUAACGAGGGCAGAGCCUGGACCUACCACGCCUCCGAGGAGCCCAUGACAUUCGACGCCGCCAGCGCGUACUGCCAGCAGAAGUACACCCACCUGGUGGCCAUUCAAAACCAGGAAGAGAUUAAAUACCUGAACGCCACGUUCAACUACUCGUCGAGCUACUACUGGAUCGGGAUCCGAAAGAUCAACGACCAGUGGGUCUGGAUCGGGACCCAGAAGGCUCUGACGGAGGAGGCCACCAACUGGGCCCCCGGGGAGCCGAACAACGGGCAGAGGAAUGAGGACUGCGUGGAGAUCUACAUCAGGCGGGACAAGGACUCGGGCAAGUGGAACGACGAGAGGUGCAGCAAGGAGAAGCUCGCCUUGUGCUACACAGCUGCCUGCACGCCCACAUCCUGCAGCGGCCACGGGGAGUGCGUGGAGACCGUCAACAACUACACUUGCCAGUGCCACCCCGGCUUCUCUGGGCCCCAGUGUGAGCAAGUUGUGACCUGUCCGGCCCAGGAAGACCCUGAGCAUGGAAGCCUGGUCUGCACCCACCCCUGGGGGAACUUCAGCUACGGCUCCUCCUGCACGGUGAGCUGCGUGGAAGGCUACCGGCCGAGCAGCUCCGCCGCCCCACAGUGCGCCGCCUCCGGGGAGUGGAGCACACCCUUCCCAGGGUGCACAGUGGUUGAGUGCGAUGCUUUGACGAGUCCCGCCCAUGGACUCGUGGACUGCGCCCCGAGCCCCGGGAGCUUGACGUGGAACACAAGCUGUGCCUUUGACUGUGUGGAGGGAUUUGAGCUGGUGGGGCCCCGGAGCCUCCAGUGCACCUCGUCUGGGACCUGGGACGGCGAGAAGCCCACGUGUGCAGCUGUGACGUGCGGUGCCAUCGGCGAUCUUCAGAAUGGCCUAGUGAACUGCAGCCACGCUCCUGCCGGGGACUUCACCUUCCGGCCGUCCUGCAGCUUCACCUGUGACGAAGGCUUCCUGCUGCAGGGGCCGGCGCGGGUUGAAUGCACUGCUCAAGGGCGGUGGACGCAGGAAGCGCCGGUCUGCGCAGCCUCCCAGUGCAAAGCCUUAUCCAGCCCCAAGAGAGGCCACGUGAACUGUGCUCCCAGUGCUUCUGGAAGUUUCCAAAUGGGGUCCAGCUGUGAGUUCUCCUGUCAGGAAGGAUUUGUGCUGAAAGGACCCACAAUUCUCCACUGUGGCCUCACGGGGGAGUGGGACAGUGAGGAGCCCACGUGCGAAGCUGUGAAAUGCGACUCGGUCCGAGAGCUGCAGAGCGGCUGGGUGAGCUGUAGCCACGCCCCGGCUGGACAUUUCACCUACGGGACGUCCUGUGCCUUCAGCUGUUGGGAAGGUUUCGAACUACAAGGAUCGGCUCAGCUGGAGUGCACAUCCCAGGGAGAGUGGACACAGGAGGUCCCCUCCUGCCAAGGGGUGCGAUGUCCGAGCCUGGCCGUUCCUGGCAAGGUGAACAUGACCUGCCGCGGGGAGCCGCUGGUCGGCGCUGUGUGCGCGUUUGCGUGCCCCGACGGGUGGACGCUCAACGGCUCCGCGGCUCUGACGUGCGGCGCCACGGGAAACUGGUCUGCGACGCCGCCUACCUGUGAAGCUCCCGCCCCGUCCACCAUGCCCUUGGCAGUGGGACUCUCGGCGGCUGGCACCUCGUUCCUGACACUAGCGUCGUUUCUCCUCUGGCUUGUGAAACGCCUUCGGAACAAAGCAAAGAAAUUCGUCCCUGCCAGCAGCUGCCAAAGCCUGGAGUCGAACGGGUCCUACCAAGUGCCCGCUGAGUCACUUUAA